UUCACUUUAAAACAUGAAGGAAUCGCUAGAGAUGUCAAAUUCUUCUGAAAGUGUAGAUUUUAUUAACUUUACAUCAUUUACAAAAGAUUUAAAUUUAACGAACGAUAGUUAUGUCGGUAACGUAACGACGACUGUUACACUUUUCGAAACGUAUUCAAAGGAGUUACUUUACUUCGCAGCAGCUACUUGUAUUGUGUUCGUCUUCAUUGGAGUGCCUGGAAACUUCGUGACCAUCGUCGCUCUACUUAAAAGCCCUCGAUUGAGAAAUGCAACAUCAGCAUUCAUUAUUAAUCUUUGUGUAGCUGAUGGAUUAUAUUGCGCUUUCACUCUCCCACUCGCAGCAUCAACUUUCAUUCACAGAGCGUGGAUCUAUAGCGACUUUCUUUGUAUGAUUUUCCCUCUGUUUCGUUACUCAAAUGCUGCUGUUUCUCUUUUCACGGUUAUUGCCAUUACGGUCAACAGAUACGUCAUCAUCGUCCACCCAAAAAGCUACACGAAGAUCUAUACUAAGGUGAGCAUUUCUGUCAUCAUCGCAUUUAUCUGGUUGAUAUCCUUUGCAUUGAUGACACCCACUGCUCUUGGAGUUUGGGGAAAAUUCGCUUUCGAUCCCGAAGUGGGGACGUGUACCGUAGUGAAAGUCAAUGGAAAAUCGUCGAAAACUUUUAUUUACAUCAUAGCAUUUUUUAUACCUAGUUUGGCUUUCGUGUUCUGUUACUCGAGAAUAUUCUGGAUCGUCAGAAAGUCGGAAAGAAAAUUAAAAGCCGGGCGUGGGUUAAAGACGGAAAAGAAGGGCAUGAACUUUAAACUAAAUUGUUUUGGAAAGAAGGCAGAAAAAUCGGAAAACGAAAGAAAGAAGAAACAAUCGAAAGACUUAAAACUGUUAAAAGUGAUUCUGGUAAUAUUUUUAGCUUUCGUCGUCUGUUAUUUUCCUGUUAUAUUUGUUAAAAUAUUCAAAAAGGAGAAGAAUCUUCCAGCAUUGAACAUCUUGGGAUAUCUUGGUGCAUAUUGCACCGCAUUUAUUAAUCCUAUCAUUUAUGUCAUCAUGAGCAGAGAAUACAGAAGAGCUUACAAAGAAUUAUUCAUCUGUGUCAAUAAAGUUAAUAGUGUUGCAGAGACACGCACUACACUGCGUGAAUUUACCUUGUAUUCUUCUAAUAUAUCAAACGGAAGUUUGAUAUAUUUCCUUCAAUCUUGUUCUAAUUCACUUUCCAGCAUGAACGACUCGCUAGAGAUGUCAAAUUGGAAUCAAGGCACACAUUUUAUUAAUGUUACUGUGUUUAUAAAUGACUCGGUUAUAACAAACGACAGUUCUGUCAGUAACGUAACAACUGUUCCGCUUUUCGAAACGUAUCCAAAGGAGUUACUGUACUUCGCAGCGAUUUCCUGUAUUGUAUUCGUCUUCAUUGGAGUACCUGGAAACUUCGUGACCAUCGUAGCCUUACUUAAAAGUCCUCGAUUGAGAAAUGUCACCUCGGUAUUUAUCAUCAAUUUGUGCGUGGCCGAUGGCCUAUUUUGUAUUUUUAGUCUUCCGCUCGCAGCGUCCAUGUUCAUACACAAGAUGUGGAUCUACAGUGACUUCCUUUGUAUGAUUUUCCCUCUGCUUCGUUACUCAAACGCUGCCGUUUCUCUCUUCACCAUUAUUGCCAUUACGGUCAACAGAUACGUCAUCAUCGUCCACCCCAAAAGCUACACGAAGAUCUAUACUAAGGUGAGCAUUUCAGUUAUCAUCGCGUUUAUCUGGUUGGUAUCUUUUGCAUUGCUGACACCCACUGCCUUCGGAAUUUGGGGAAAAUACGCAUUUAGUCCCGAAGUGGGGACGUGUACAGUGGUGAAAGUUAACGGAAAGUCGUCAAAAACUUUUAUUCACACCUUGGCAUUUGUUAUACCAAGUUUCACUUUCAUCUUUUGUUACUCCAGGAUAUUCUGGAUCGUCAGAAAAUCGGAAAGAAAAUUAAAAAUCGGGCAUGGAUUAAAGAAGGAAGAGAAGAGCGUGAACUUUAGAAUAAAAUGUUUCGGGAAGAAAGCGGAAAAAUCGGAAAGCGAAAGAAAGCAGAAACAAUCUAAAGAUUUAAAACUGCUAAAGGUGAUUCUAGUGAUAUUUUUAGCUUUCAUCCUCUGUUAUUCUCCUGUUACAUUUGUUAAAAUCUUUAAAAAAGAGAAGAGCAUGCCUAUUUUGAAUAUCAUAGGCUACCUUGGUGGUUAUUGCACCGCUUGUAUCAAUCCUAUCAUUUAUGUCAUUAUGAGCAGAGAAUACAGAAGAGCUUAUAAAGAAAUAUUCAUCUGUAAUAAUAAAGUUAAUAGUGUUGCAGAGACACGCACUACAAGCUUAUAAACUACAUUUUUUAAGCGUUUGUUCAUAUGCAGUAUUUACAUUUUGCAUUAAACUAUACAAUUAAAUACAUUAUAUGUAUGCAUAUAUGCAUCCUAUAAUAAGUAGUAUUAUAUUGUUAUAAUGCAAAUAUGUGAAAAGGAUAAUUACACGCCUUUUAAUAA